GGAAGUCCCACAAAGCAUUUGAUCGAAAAAAGUUUCGGGUUGCUGAGCUCGCUCACUGCCUGUCUAGCUGUUGUCCAUCUCCCCGUCCUCCUAAUCGCUGCCAUUUUCUUAUGAAGUUGCAAUUUCAGCGUCAUCGCACUCAAGUCUCUGCAAAGCAAGUGGGUCAUGGCCUCAAGCAUUUCUUUUCCAGGACACGCCAAUUGCGAAUUGUGGAAGAUCACCGAAAUCUUGCAUUUUCGGUCCAUGGUGGUGGCUGCCCGAGAAGAAAGCGCUGCAGUGAUGAAAUGCAACAGUUUGUGGGUUCCAUUCUUUUCCAAGGGCUAUGUCAGGGACAGGACCUGGCGUUGCCAAUGCAUACCGCUUCUAGCCCACCUUCAUGUGCUCCUGGUUUGAUGGCGAAGAGGAAUGCCGUCCAAACAAUUUUGGCUGAAGAGGCAGAUGAAGUGGGUGAAGACAGCUUGGCAGAAGGAGUUCCCGAUGACUCCGAGGAGAGCAUCAGAGAGCGCCUAAUUCAGCUGCGAAACGGAUCCUGGCCUCAUGGUGCCUCGCUCGUUUUUCCCUCCUCCUUGAGCUCUGCGAAGCGGGCCUAUGCACAUGACCUUGCAGAACGCCUGGGCCUGCAGCACACAAGCGCGGGUAGUGCACCCAAUAGGAGGCUCACGGUGAGGAGGCAAACUAUCUCGGAACGGUUGCUAAGGCUCCAAGAAAUGGUAGAUGAAGAAGAAGCAGCUUCUCGGGCUCUGCUGAGCACAACAGCCAGCCCUGCACAAUCAGGGCAGAUGCUAGAGUCACAAGGCUUGCUGCUUCGAGGAGCUGCUGUUCUAGAAAAGGAGGCGGCAGCAUUUGGGAGAGAGAGGUGGGUUGUUGGCAAAGAGGGACCAGGAAGGGACCAUACUCAGAUGGAAAGCUUUCUACAGCGGGCCCGACCAGGCAGCAGCAUCCGAUUGGCCGUGAAGAACUCUGUCGGCGAGUAUGUUGUAGCGGAAGGUCAGCCCGCUGGACGAGUGGCUUGGUCGAGGACGAAUCGAAUUUGCGUCAUCUUUGAUUCUCCGCCUGCUGAGGGGGAUGACGAAGACGGUGCUGACACAAGGGGUAAUAAACCUUCUGUGGGCUCUACGAGGAAUAGCAUCAGCAUUCCGGGGGACAGCGUCAAUCUUCUGCUAGUCCCAGAUAGUCUGACAUUUGAUCGAUUCCGAUCCACCCUCGCAGAAUGCCAGCGGUCGGAAACAGAAGCGCAGGUGCAGAAGAUGCUCUCUGCAUUGCUCGGUACUUCACUUGAUCUGGGAACUGAUGCCAACAUUGCGACGACUAUCGGCAGCAAGUCUCCAGGGUUAUUAGCACCACUUAGCUCCUUUUUUGAUGAAAGUCUGAACGAGGAGCAGAGAAGGGCCGUAACGAUGUGCGUAGAUGGACCUCAUUACGACAGUCCUUGUCCAUCUCCGGUAGUCCUUGUUCACGGUCCAUUUGGAACAGGCAAAACACGUACCCUUGUGGAGGUCAUCCGCCAAAGAGUAGCCAACCAAGAGCGAGUGCUGGUCUGUGCUGCAUCAAAUGCAGCUGUGGAUAACAUUGCGCUUGCUCUGCUAGAGGCAGAUCGCGACAUCGGUUUGGCACGUGCUGGAUUGACGGAGCGUGUUAACCCUCUGCUAGCUGCUCACACAUUGGAUUCCUUGCGCGAGAGUCAACCGGAGAGCGAGCUUGCACGGGAACUGAGGAAACAAGCGCAUGCAGCUGCCGCUUCCGCUAAAAAGUGGAUUAGAGCAGCUGAUGGUGGUCAGCGAAGGCGCGCCGCUCGCAUGGAGGCCAACGCUUUAUUCAAAGAUGCGCGGAGGUUGGAGCGAGCAGCUUCCAUUACUGUUCUUCGACGCACAUCAGUUCUCUGUGGGACUUUGACAGGGUUUGUGACCUCUCUCCAUGACGUGGGCAGGCUGGACGAUGGUGACUUGUCUCGCUUUGAUUGUGUGGUGAUUGACGAAGCCAGUCAGGCUACCACUCCCGCAGUGCUGAUGACAUUGCCAUAUAUAUGUCGGCGCGAUCAAAGACAAACAGGAGGCACUGGUGGUGGAGGAGGAGGAAGUGUAGAGAAUCUCUCUCUUAGUUCUACGACCAGUGGGUCACGUCGUCCUCCUGGGGAGUGGCCAAGGCCCGUCAUGAUCUUGGCUGGCGACCACAGGCAACUGCCACCAACUGUGAUAUCAGCUGAUGUGCCUGGGCAUGGUGGCGGCCUGGCGGCGACCCUCUUUGAAGAGCUUAUGGAGAGAGACGGGGGAGGUCUAGGGACCUGGAGUCUUGUUUACGGGGCGUCAGAGGUCAGGGAGGCAAAGGCGGUUAACGUGAUGGAAAUGGCUAAACAGGCAGCAUUGUAUGGAAGAGUGCAUGGCUUACAUGAGGAGAAAGGAGGCGAAGCGAGAAGAAAACAAAGAAGUGGGCGCAUAUCUUCUGCGCUGACCGUGCAAUACCGGAUGCCUGCCAGUCUAAUGGCAUUCCCUUCCGCAGCCUUUUAUGGAGGAUCAUUAGUUGCAGGCGCUUCAACACAAUCUCUUUCGUGCGUGGACUGUGAGACUCUACGGAACAGAAGUGGGGACGGGUUACUGAGAAAUGGGUGCUGGCUGGAAGUGAUUGAUACAGCAGGUGCAGGAUAUGAGGAAGAAACAUCGGGUGCCAUCAAAAAUUCAAGUAGGGAUGGUGGUGCAAGGCAAUCGCGAGACGGUGAGUCAUUAUCGACUUGCAAUAGAAAGCAGGGAGAGUUGACGGCGCGCGUUGUUCAAGAGGUGAUCGAAUUUGGGCUUCUAGGCACGAGCCGGCGCGUAAAUUUUGCAGACGUAGCAGUGGUCACACCGUACUCAGCUCAGGUGAUGAUUUUGAGGGAGAUGCUGUCGCGAGCGGUUGCUGAUGGUUUGGAAAUCGAUUCCAUCGAUGGUUUCCAAGGGAGAGAGAAGGCAGUUGUGAUUCUUGACUGUGUGCGGAGCAACAAUGACUCGAAUGUAGGAUUCUUAUCAGAUCACAGACGACUGAACGUCGCUAUCAGCCGCGCUCGAAACAAGCUUGUCGUGAUUGGUGACUCUGCAACAUUAGCUGUGGAUCCUGUAUGGAAACUAUUCUAUGAUUGGGCAUCUUUGUUUUCCAACCACGCUUGCAGGGGCAUCGAGUCUGUUGUCUCUGAGGCUGGGAGUCAUGAGACACAGCAUUUUGCAUACCGUUCUGUCUUCGAGUUGCCCCCUCCGGAUGGAUGGUGAGUGCUCCCUGUUAUUUCAGGGGCCACCCCUGCGGAUUGCCAAAUAUUUUACCUGGUAGUGAGCUCAUGUCUCAAUAAAAAGUCAAAAUACCU